UGCCCUGGGCAUUUCUAAAAUACCUUUCUCAAUCUACUUUUCUUAGUCCCAUGAAAGAAUUUCAAAACUCCAAUUUGUGCAUGAAUAAAGGACAAUAAUAUCAUCAGAGGGACCUAUCGCCUCCAGUUGUACUUCUCCUUUCGGUCGCUACCCUGUUGUCAUUUGCAACGUGGUGAGGAUAAAACUGAUACCAAAUGCAGUCUGAUGCUUUUGUUUCUGACCACCAAAGACCACAAAGAAUGGAGGAAGCUGAAUUGCUGAAGGAAAGAUUCCAGGCCAUAACAGACAAAAGAAAAUUGCAAGAAGAAAUUACACAGAAACGUCUGAAAGUAGAGGAAGAAAAACUGACACACCAGCAUUUGAAAAAAAAGGCCUUGCGGGAAAAAUGGCUCUUGGAUGGCCUGAGUUCCCUCACCCCAAAAGAGCAAGAAGAAAUGCAAAAGCAGAACCAGGAUGACCAACAACGGACUCAUGAGCUGGAACAAGACAUUCUCAGACUGGAAAAGGAAAUCGAGGCUCUGGAAAAAGAGGAAAUGAAAAUCUCAGCUAAUGAAGAAGCUAUUUUAAAGAAACUUAAGUCAGUUGAGAAAACAACAGAAGACAUCAUAAAGUCUGUAAAAGCAGAAAAAGCAGGAGUUGAAGAAGAGACAGCAGACUACAUAUAUGCCAACAUACCUGACCUUCCAAAGUCUUUCAGACCCUCUGCACUAAAAAGGGCAGGACAGGCUGCCACAGAUGAUGAAGAGAAGAAAAAAGCACUCUUUGCCAUGGAAAUUAAAGUGGAAAAAGACAUGAAAACAGGAGAAAAUACAGUAUUAUCAACAAUACCUCUUCCUUCCAGUGAGUUUAAAGAGACAGGAAUUAAAGUCUACGAUGAUGGCAGGAAGUCAGUCUACGCAGUGUCUUCCAAUUGCAACCCAACACAAAAUGGCAUGGAUGAACUUGCUCCAGUUGAGGUGGAGGACCUUCUAAGGCAGGCAACUGAAAAGAAUUCCAAGUCUCCCACAGAGUACCACGAGCCUGUGUUUGCAAAYAAGUUUUGCAGGCCAACAACUCCUCAGAAAGAUAAAUUAGUCUCUGGACCAAAACUAGAAGACCAACAAAAAAGAGAUAUGAAUGGACUGAGCAAUCAUCAGACAGAGCUCUUCAGUAAGGCAGAACCCUCUAUGAAGGCACAUAAAGAAAAUGGUCUUGAUCUCUCAAGGGCAACACAACCAAAAUCCCCCUCUCCAGUACUUCCCCAACAAGAGAACAGAAUACACAGUAACAGUGAGAACAGGAGUGCAGGUAAUGAAAAAAGAAACACUGCACAUGAGGAAUUAAAACCUUACCAGAAUACAAGAGAAAAGCAUCACGAGGCAAGAGCUUUAAACUCCUGUCAUCUUAAUGCAGUGUCCCCUGCACCUCAAGAAGAUGAGGAAGAUGUCCAGUACAGAAUUGUCCAAGCUUUACCAUGUUAUGUGGAUGAUUCAGAACCUGUUACAAUGAUUUUCAUGGGUUAUCAGCGUGUUGACGAAGAUGCUGAAGCAGACCAAAAGUUGUCAAGAUACGAUGGGGUUAUCCGAGCAGAACUAGUCAUGAUUGAUGAUGAUGAGGARGAUGAGAGCAAAUCAGAGAAACCAUCAUAUCAUCCCAUAGGCCCCUAUAGUCAGGUUUAUCAACCCCUCAACAGGCAGAAAACCACUGAAGCCCCACAGACGGUCCCUGCAAGCAGGCUGGGUGCAAAYUUGAACACGGCACCUCACAAAAACUCCAUCUCCCUACGAGAACAAGAGGAACGUUUAAGCUCUCCAACACACCACACUCGCCUCCACAGCCAGGGACCUGGAGAUGGUACUGAAGACCCUUCAUUAACAGCUCUGAGGAUAAGAAUGGCAAAGCUGGGGAAAAAGGUGAUUUAACAGCUAUAAUGACAUGGAAGUAAAGUUUAUUACUCAAAGCAGAAUAAAUAUAAGAAGAGUUUCUUCAAAAUACUUUUUCUGAACUCUAAUGCUCUUUUAGCUCUUUCACUUUAUGCAUCUGCGUUAUUUUGCCUUUGCAUAAACCASUGAACAUUAACAGACCUUUAGAUCUGACCAACUGCCACAUAAUACGCAAAUCAAAUCCUGGAUUUUGCUGAAGGUAACGGGAAGCCACCCAAGACUAUAAAUGCAGUAUAUGCAAAUAUGAAACUAUGCGCAUACCUGCCCCCACAGUGAGAAAUAUGGUGUUACUGUACACACAAAGCAGAAACACACAGCUCCAGGAAAUUCCCAGGACAUUAAUUCCCAGGACAUUCUUUCACUUUCAAGUGUACCAAUCUAAAUUUCAGUAAAAAAUGUCAUCCAACAUUUUUUCYAAUAAAAACAUCAGUUAAUGAGAAAUUAGACAUGUAAGACAGGAACAAGAAGUGUUCCAAGCAGGUUUCCAAGCAUACCACCUUAGACAAAAUUUAAAGCAUUCCUUUUUAAGUAACAGAAACUAAAAUUAGGAAAGUCUACUUUUAAGUAUUUAGAAUGCUUCUACAGUACCACAGUCCAACCAUCCUCCUAUUUCAUGCAUGAAAAUGCAGCCAUUCUAAGACCUUCUCACUCUCCACCACCUCAGGGCUCUGCUUC